CCAUCCCCACCUCUCCUUCCUGGCCCCACAGACCCUGUUCGGAGCCACAGCGAUCCACAUCCUGCCUCACUGACUGUGUGUGCUUACAGCGUCAAGGGGUGGACGUGAUAUUUCAAACAUCAGAUCAGUGCGUUUAUAUAUUGGGUGCCCGGAAAUUUUUCCAAAUAAACACAGCUUGAUUCAACUUGGGUGGGCGGACUUAUCAACAGACUAAUUCUAUAAACAAAUGAAGGAAUAACCCCGAAACCGAUUGGCUGGUAUCAGAAAGACACGUGGAGGGAAAAGCUUGGAGUUUUUCAGCAAUGAAAUUUUAAUUAAUGUGGGUGGGCUGAGAGCACAGCGACUGUUUAUCAUAGACAAUUUAUUUGCCAGCGCUAAGUCAACAUAUAAUAGCAAACUUACAACAAUUAUUUAACAUUUUUAAAGCCAUGAAGAGGGGACAGAGCGCUGAGCGGCCGGAGAGCGCGGCAGAGCAGGAGGCAGACGCAGGGCGGGCUCCCCGGGAGGGCCCUUGCGGCGCGGGGCGCAGUCCCUAAGCCGCCCGGGUCGCCUGCCUCGCUGGGAGCGGGAGCACCGCGCCCGCGCCCGCUCGCCAUGAGCCACCUCUUCGGCCCGCGGCUGCCCGCCCUGGCCGCCUCGCCCAUGCUCUACCUGUACGGCCCCGAGAGACCCGGGCUGCCCCUGGCCUUCGCCCCCGCGGCCGCGCUGGCCGCCUCGGGCCGGGCGGAGCCCCCGCAGAAGCCGCCCUACAGCUACAUCGCGCUCAUCGCCAUGGCGAUCCAGGACGCGCCCGGGCAGAGGGUCACGCUCAGCGGCAUCUACCAGUUCAUCAUGGACCGCUUCCCCUUCUACCACGACAACCGGCAGGGCUGGCAGAACAGCAUCCGCCACAACCUCUCGCUCAACGACUGCUUCGUCAAGGUGCCCCGCGAGAAGGGGCGGCCGGGCAAGGGCAGCUACUGGACGCUGGACCCUCGCUGCCUGGAUAUGUUCGAGAACGGCAACUACCGGCGCCGGAAGAGGAAGCCCAAGCCGGGCCCCGGGGCCCCGGAGGCCAAGCGGGCUCGCGCCCCGGCGCAGCCCGAGGCGGGGAGCGGGGCCGAGCGUCCCCGCCCUGCGACCCCGCGCCACGAGGGAGCGCCCGCGCGCCCCCCGCCCCUCCGGGCGGGCGCCUCUCCGUCGGCGCCCCUCCACGGGCCCAGGCCCUCGUCCCCGGAGGGCAACGCCGGAGACGCGCUCCGGGGCGCCGGGGCCGAGGCUGCCGAGCAGCCGGCGCGCACGGCGGACGGCCGGGGCUCUCCUCCGCGCCCGGCCUCCCGCAGCUCUCCGAAGAGCUCGGACAAGUCCAAGAGCUUCAGCAUAGACAGCAUCCUGGCCGGAGGGCAAGGGCAAAAGCCGGCCGGAGGGGACGAGCUCCUGGGGGGGCCCAAGCCAGAGCCCGGCGGCUGCCUGGGAGCCUCCCUUCUGGCCGCGUCCUCCAGCCUCUGUCCGCCUUUCAACGCUUCCCUGAUGCUCGACCCGCACGUCCAGGGCGGCUUUUACCAGCUCGGGAUCCCUUUCCUCUCCUAUUUCCCUCUGCAGCUCCCCGACACGGUGCUUCAUUUCCAGUAAAGCCAAGGAGCAGGGGCGCGGUUCUUUCCCCUGCCCUGGUCUGAGCUUCUCGUGAGGCGCCAGGGCUCCCACCGCUGGGGAAAGAAGUCGCGUGUUUUGUUUCGUUUUGUUCUGUUUAAGUGAUUUCCUCCGAGGAUGUGUGGAUCCUGGGAAGUCUUACCAGCCUCUGCGCACAGAUGGGCACACUCCCCUGCCUCCUGCAAGGCGGACCUUCCCAGAAUCCCGAGCAGCUCCGGAGGUUUAAAAGACGCUGGGACUUGGGCAUCUCAGGCUCCUACCUUGGGAGCAGGAAACUUCCUUGAACUUAGGUCAGUCUGAUGGCGUGAUCUUCCACCAGCUACCCAGCCAGGUCCGGCGAGUCCGGGGACUGGGAGGGCACGGUCCACGCAAGGGCGGACAGAUGGCUCCAGGCUCUUUCCAUCCAAGCGCCACUGUCAGACCAUCGCCAGCCAGCUCGGUGGUUGCUUGGCCCAGGCCUUGGCUUUGAGCCCGUCGGAGUGGUGGGUGUUCACAGCUAGGUUUGUUCCUGCAAGUCCAGUUGUGGGGACACCAGGGGUGACCCCUGUUUUUCAAGUUCUCUGGGGCUUGGGGAGGACUUCUUAUGACCAAUGUCCAAGUGGGAACUGAGAAGCCACACUUUUAUGUUAGAAAGAGAAUUUUCCUCUUUUCCUUUCUCGACAGUAAAAGGAACAUGCUGUAUUCUUCGGCUAAAUGCUUGAUUCUUUUGACUAUGAAGGACUGUCCCGUGAAAACGUCUGUAUUAAUAAGUUCUAGUAAGAAAGCACACUCUAUAUAACAUAGCAUCCUGUUGCAUCAGGACAGCUCAUUAAUCAAUACACAUUUGUUCUCGAACGCAUGUCACCAGCAAGAGUCCUCCUGUCUCUUUGCUUUGGUGGUUACGGGAUCAGCUGGCUUCUGGGGACACCAGAAGUAUGUGAGGGGAGGGAAGAUGUCUCAGACAUUAGAAGACUUUGGAUUGCCAUGGUUUUUUUUUUUUUUUUCCCCCAAGAUCAGGUUUGAUUGUUGCUACAUUUUCCAGAAUUGUGCAGUGAAGGACGACUUUUAAUCAAAAGAGGUAAAACCAACACGUGGAAAGCAAGCAGAGGGGGGAAUGGGUGAGUGCCAGGAGCAGUAAGGGAGCCACUGGUGUCUGUGGAGGUGGCUCUCUGGACUGCAAGGGGCAGGAGGCUUGGUGGCAGGAGGCAGCCAGCUCCUCCCUCUGAGCCCAGGCCGGGUAGGCCCAGAGACUGCAGCGAAACCAGCACCGUGAGGAGGUGACUGGAAGUUGGGGGUGACGGGUGGGUGGGAAGGCAGAGGCUGAGACAAAGGUCUGGUUAUGAAAAUUGAGACUUCACAGCCCCACUCAGCUCAGAACUUUGGGGAAAUGCAACCCAUCUCUUAUGGUGGCUCUUUUUGGGGGUUUUUUGGCGGUUCUGAAACUUGAUUUUCUGAGCCUCCAAGUUACUUUAAUUUUAUCUGAUGUGGGAAAAACACAGUAAGACAUGAGUUCUUGGAGGCAGGUGGAGAAAAGGUCUUUGAGGUAAUUUUUUAAAGCAGUUCCCAGGAUUUAUAUAAAAAUGAACCCAAACGUCACAUCAAGCGAGCCUGUUGGUUAAUAUGUUGGGAAGCAUCUUUCAGACAAGCAGAAUAAUUCAAUCGCUAGUAGGCAGAGAGCUGACUUACCAAGAAUUCACUCUGAAAGCCACGUGCCGCUGACCCACAUGUGUGUCCAUGACGGCGUUCUGGCAGCCUGGUGGGAACACACACGCGCGUGCGCGCGCUUCAGUGUCCUUGAUUUGAAGAACCUUGUUGAGGCCCCAUGUUUGAGAUCCAGGAUCACUGCCAUCAGCUUAAAAUGCAGUGGAAGGGCCGCCACUGGGCAUCUUGUUAUCCCCCAGUCUCAGCCUCUGUGAAUAAAGUGGUUUUUUCAUCAA